AUGUAUCCCCUCAAACCUGCUCCCUCUGCAACAGGCUUACAGAAAAGUGAACCACCUGCAGAAUCACUACUUGGCUUCUAUGGGCUUUUGCCCUACGCCUUCAGUCUGCGUCCAGACGAGCACAGCCACGCGGUCCAGGCAAUUUUCUGCCACCAGUGCCUGGGAAAUACUGGCAAAUCCAUCAUUGUUCAGCAUCGCCUUCCAGGAUCGUUGCUCCAGCGUUUAUCUGCCAGUGCCUCUGCACCGGUCCAGCUGGCGUGCGGCAGCGGCGGCCGCGAGGAGGACGACCGGGCGGAGGAGCCGGACUCGGCGGAGCAGCGGGCCGCGGGCCGCAAGAAGAAGACGCGCACGGUCUUCAGCCGCAGCCAGGUCUUCCAGCUCGAGUCCACCUUCGACAUGAAGCGGUACCUGAGCAGCGCCGAGCGCGCCGGCCUGGCCGCCUCGCUGCAGCUCACCGAGACGCAGGUGAAGAUCUGGUUCCAGAACCGGCGCAACAAGUGGAAGCGGCAGCUGGCCGCAGACCUGGAGGCCGCCAGCGUGUCCCACUCCGCCCAAAGGAUAGUGCGGGUGCCCAUUCUGUACCACGAGAACUCGCCGGCCGGCGCCCUCGGCUUCCCCCUGCCCCACGUGUCCCCGCCGCUGGUGGGCUUUUCUAACGCUGUCACCUACCCCCUGGCCACCUUCCCCGCCGCCUCGGUCCCUUUCCUGCGGUCGCAGAUGACCGGGCUCGUGUGAGGCCCCUGCCCCGGCCGCGGCAGCGGCCCCUCCUCCGCCUGCGGACUGCGGCUCCCCCCGCCCGCUCCUUCAUGUCCUGCUUCCCAGUCGUUGAAUUCGUGCAAUAAACGUGCCGGGGGCCGAGCACCCAAAGAAGCGCAGCCCCUGGCCCCGUGGAGCCGGACACUCGCGCCCCGCGGCCGCCGGCGCAGCGCAGCGCAGCGCAGCA